CAAGUUAUAGGACCAAAAAUAAAAUUUUGCUGCUAUGGUUUUAACAGAGCACCAAAUCACUCAAGCUUUCAUGGAUUCAAUAUGGGAAUGUUGAUGUUGAAGGACGCUGCUCGAAGAUCCCUCUUCAGUUCCAGGUAUUUUUUCAGGAAUCUCUCAUCAAUCGAACACAAUCCGUCGCUUUACAUCCCCAAACGACAUCUGCAAAUCGACAGCACAAGCUCCCUCCUUGAGGAAAAGCUUGCUCUUUUGCUGCGCAAACAUGGCAACAACAUUAAUACUGAUGGGGACGUUGUCGGGAGGUGUAGCUAUUUCUCUGUGCUUGAUCGGGAUGACAAAUCAUUAUCAACACGACAACUCCAUUUGCCAUUUCGUAGUGUUAUGAUCCAGGGCUCUUGCAAUGGCGUGGUGUGCCUCGAGGAUAAGUCUAUUAAGGGGAGACUUGCCCUUUGGAACCCAUCAACUAACGAAUUUAAGUUCCUUCCCUCGACUUGCAUCCAACUCCAUCCAGAUGCUGAAUUUCUCAUGUUUAAUGGUACCAAUAUUGGGUUCGAUCGUAAUUCUCAAGAUUUUAAAGUAGUAAGGUUCGUGUACAACACUUUUCCUGACGAACAUCCUUCUUUCCCCAUGUCGGCUCACGCGGAGUUGUACUCCCUAAAGUCCGAUUCUUGGGAGGAAUUACCCGAUCACCUUGGUUCUAAUUGCUUAUCACUGGCCUGGAUUUCUGCUUCUGUAAAUGGGGUUGCUUAUUUUGAGACGGAGAGAAACAGGAGGGUGCGACUUCUUACCUUUGACUUUGCAAGUAAACGAUUUUCUUUCCUUGAUCUUCCGGAUUCCGCUAAGCGUUUCAGGCCAUAUUCUAGCCUGCAUCUUGCCGAGCGGGAUGGGAAGCUUGCCGCUAUAAUCUACCCGAAAUAUAUAAUCUACCCAAAUUCUGAGAUAGAAGAAAAAGCUUGUGAGUUGUGGGUGAGAAGUGAUGAUGAUGGUUCAUGGGAGCGGGUAUCCACUUUUUGUGUUCCUGGUGGUGUUAAGCCAUUAGGGUUCUGGACGAAUGACGAACUGCUUUUUCAAGGAAGAGGUGAAUAUCUAAUCCUUUUUCGCCUCGACACUCGAGAGGUUAAGCAUCUUAGUCUUAAUAUUUCUGAUGAUGAUCGUGUGGAGUUCGUUCCUUGUGUGGAGAGUGGAGUUCGGUUCGUUGGGAAAUCAGAAUUUGGAAACCAAGAGCUGAUCAAAGUGGAAGCCCUUAUAAAAUCAUUUCUUCUUUUUGCCCCAUUGUUCGAUGGCUUUUCCUAUUUUGCUUCUAAGACUUAUUUCGGUCAGGCCUUCAACUGCGUUGAUGGUGCCCCUAUUGAAACCACGCCCAAGCCCGAGGCCGCGCUAUAAAUUCAUUUGUCGACUUAUGCUGAUGAAGUUAGCCAAAUCCAUCUACAGCAAUACUAUUUAAAGCCUCGAAAGACCACCCACAUUUAGCAUUUAUGACCUUGUCGUGUUCACCUCCUUCAUACGUCAACUCAUCCAUUUUCAUAGGUUUCCAAGUUCGUAAAAAAAUCACGACAACCGGUUAUUUGACGCGUGCAUCCACUAUCAAAAUACCAUGAUCUUAGUGAAGGGUGAAUAACAUUGCAUUUUAACUCAGAUUUCGAAACCCAAAGA